AUGCUUGGAACCUCUCUUCCCCCUUUUCCAGAUGAAGUCCGAACACAUCCGCUCUUGAUUAUUGAUUAUGAGCUCAUCAAGGCUGGAGAUAAGGAGGAGAUUGAUCGAUUGUGGGAGGCUGCGACAACGCUCGGAUUUUGGUAUUUGAAGAACCAUCGCGCAGAUCAUGAAGUCGACGAUAUGUUUGAUGUGGGUGCUGAGACACUGGCUUUGCCCCUCGAAGAACGUAUGAAGUUCGAGCAGGGGGACAAUGGACAAUCUUUCGGAUACAAGAAAGUGGGGGCUCAGGCGAUCGAUGGAACGGGCAAAUUCGUGGACAAUAUUGAAUUCAUAAAUGUCUCUAAAGACGAUGCACUCGCGUAUCCACAGGUCGUUCACCUCACUUAUCCAUCGACCGUAAACGCUCGCAUGGAAAACACGGUCGCACCAUUUGUCCGCAAGUCUCUUGAUGUGACAUAUGUUGUGUUGAAUAUAUUUAAUGAUAAGCUUGGACUGCCAGAGGGGACUUUGGAGAGUCUGCAUGCCAUGGAUGAGCACAGUGCUUGCGAGGUCAGAUGCACUCGUAGCCCCCCUCUGCAGGACAAGGCAGCGAUGGACAGGGCUGUGCUAGCUGCCCACACUGAUUUCGGCAGUCUGACCAUCUUGCACAAUCGGCUCGGUGGACUCCAAGUAAUGCCCCCUGGUCAUGACAAGUGGUCCUACGUUCGACCCAUCCCUGGACAUGCUAUUUGCAAUAUUGCGGAUGCGCUAUCUAUUUUCAGUGGAGGCAUUCUGCAAUCCAACAUUCACCGCGUUGUUCCACCUCCCGGUGCACAGGCAGAAUACGAGCGGUGGUCCCUGGUUUUCUUUACCCGUCCGACUAGCUCGAAAGUCCUUCGGGCUCUUGUUGAAUCCAGUCCCAUUAUCGCAGACGCUGUGAAGGGACAACCUGACAGAGACUUUGAGAGUGGUUCUACUGCUGCCGACUGGCUCGCAAGAAGAGUCAGGAACCAGAGAAUUAACAACAGAAGGGGACCAGAUACAUGGGCCGCGAGCCGUGGCACCGAGCACACUCCAACGGCAGCCUAG